UGGCUUCUUUAGGGUUCAUUGGCGUGUUAAAAGUUCAAACGAAACAAAGCUCGUGAGUAAAGUGUUUUCUGAUUUUCUUGCUGGAAUAGAGUGGAUUCGAAGAAAUGCCGACCUACAAGAUAAGGGGAAUCGACGUAGAUUUUCCGUACGAAGCCUAUGAUUCCCAACUCGUUUACAUGGACAAAGUCAUUCAAUCACUUCAGGAGAAAUGUAAUGCACUAUUGGAGAGUCCCACAGGAACUGGAAAAACUCUCUGUCUUCUUUGUGCUACCUUAGCAUGGCGGAAGAGUUUGGGUAGUUUCACAACUGGUAUGAGCACGCAAACUGGUGGCAAAUCAGAGGGUAAAAUUGAGGUGUCACUGUCACAAUCCGAGUCCUCAACAUUCUCUACAAUUGUAUAUGCUUCACGCACUCACAGCCAAAUCCGUCAAGUAAUUCAAGAAUUGAAAAGAACAUCUUACAGGCCUAAGAUGGGAGUGCUGGGAUCUCGGGAGCAACUUUGCAUUCAUGAUGAAGUGAAAUUACUUCGGGGGAAAACACAAACAAAUGCUUGCCGAUCACUCUGUCGUCGAAAGCGUGGGAAGCACCACUGUAGCCAUUUUCAUAGAGUUGCGGAUUACUUGAAGGACAAUUCCCAUCUUGGAGAAGAACCUGUAGAUAUCGAGGAUUUGGUCAAUAUUGGUAGAACGUUUGGGCCGUGUCCUUAUUAUUUAUCAAAGGAGCUCCACAAGUUUGUUGAUAUAGUAUUUGCUCCAUAUAAUUAUCUUAUAGAUCGUGGAUAUAGAAAUUCUUUGCAACUUUCUUGGAACAAUAGUGUACUCAUAUUUGAUGAAGCUCACAAUUUGGAAAGCAUAUGUGCUGAUGCAGCCUCCUUUGAUUUGCCUUCUUGGCUUCUAACUGCUUGUAUUAAAGAGGCAGAAAGUUGUAUUAACCUUUCUAUAGAAAGAAGAGAUAAAACAAACGAUAAGUCACAAAAUCCAGAUGAUUUUGCUAUCCUUAGAGCACUACUUCUAAAACUUGAAAAGCGUAUUUCUGAGGUGCCUAUUGAAUCUAAGGAGUUAGGGUACACCAAGCCUGGACCUUAUAUCUAUGAACUGCUAGCUGAUCUUAACAUAACACACAAAACUGCUUCUAAGCUAAUCAGUACAAUUGAUGUAGCUUCAACCCUUAUUGAGGAACAUAAUCAGCAGAAAUCCACUGGCACGGUCUGCAGAUUGGAUAGAAUAGGUGAAAUUCUUGAAAUUGUGUUCAGGGAUGGAAGAACGUCACAUGCUAAAUGUUAUCGUGUUCAUGUGCGGGAGGUUGAAGCUUGGGCCGUCAAUGACUCUAAAGGCAAGGUGUCAAGGACACUCAGCUGGUGGUGCUUUAAUCCAGGAAUAGCCAUGGAAGACUUUCGUAAUAAAUACGGGGUUAGAUCUAUUAUACUGACUUCGGGCACAUUAUCUCCCAUGGAAUCUUUUGCCGAGGAACUUAAGUUAGAUUUCCCCAUCCGGCUAGAAAAUCCACAUGUAAUAACCCCAAAUCAGAUAUGGGCAGGAGUUGUUCCAGUUGGGCCUUCAGGACAUACUUUUAACUCCUCUUAUCGCACUCGUGAUUCACCAGAGUACAAGAAGGACCUUGGAAAUGCAAUUGUAAAUUUGGCUCGAAUUGUUCCUGACGGACUUCUUGUAUUCUUCCCGUCGUAUUACCUUUUGGACCAAACCAUUGGUAGCUGGAAAAGUGUGAGUAAUGAAAAUUCAAUGUCAAUAUGGGACAGAAUUUGCAAACACAAGAAACCUGUUAUAGAACCUAGGGAAUCUUCAUCAUUUCCCUUGUCAAUUAAGGACUACAUGACUAAGUUGAAUGACACCUCAACCUCUGGAGCAGUUUUUUUUGCCGUUUGUCGCGGGAAGGUAAGUGAAGGAUUAGAUUUUGCUGAUCAUGCUGGAAGAGCUGUGGUAAUUACUGGUUUACCAUUUGCGACAAGUACUGAUCCUAAGGUUCGAUUAAAACGGGAAUACCUAGAUAAACAAUCUCGGCCACAGGGAGAACUGUUUAAGGUUUUAACUGGAGAUGAAUGGUAUAACCAGCAAGCCUCCCGAGCUGUGAAUCAAGCUGUUGGGCGUGUAAUUCGCCAUCGCCAUGACUAUGGAGCAAUUAUUCUCUGUGAUGAAAGGUUUUCACAUCAACAUCGUCUGUCCCAAGUCUCACGUUGGUUACAGCCUCACAUAAAGUGUUUCUCACGAUUUGGAGAAGUUGUUUUCACUCUAACUCGGUUUUUUCGAGAUGUAGGAACUCAGUGUCCUACUAAGGCGCCUUUGUUAGAAGCUAAAAAGGAGGGAAAUAUAGGAGAAGUACCAGCAUCAGAGCUGCACAUGGAAAAACUUUUGUCACCUUUGACUACACCAAUGGCUCAAAAUUUCUCUUUGAAAGCUUCAUCUUUUCUUGAUACUAAAAAUGGCCGUGCAUCAUUCCUAGGAGAAAUUGUGCCGGCCAAUCGCUCAUCUCUGUCUUUUGACAAUUGCAAGACUGUACAUUGUAAAAGUUCAAGUGAUAUUUCUGGCAAGGUUUUGCUUGGAAGGAAGACUCUUCUAUCACCAGAAUGUGAGAGGGAUGAUUUGGCUGAUAGUUAUCAACCAGGUGAAAAAUCAAAGGAUACACCAGUAGCACCUUGUUCUUCCAGGAAGCGUAAAUUUGUGGCAGGAGAGUAUGACUUAAAGCAAUAUUUUGGAAAUUCUAAUGAGCAUUCAUCAUUGGGGGUUGUAGAUCUAAGAGAUAAAGAUGGUGUGACCUCCACUGGUGUUGAAUUGACUAGACAAAAAGCCCAUCUUCCUGCUGAUUCUGUGCCUUCUGCUGGUGAUGAAACCCAAGGAUCAGUAUUCCUUGCUCAGGUUCGAGGUAAGCUCAGUGCUGCGGAAUAUAUAGACUUCGUGGGUUGUAUGAAGGCACUCAAGACCAAAGCAAUGAAAAUUAGCGAAGUUUUACAGUGCAUUUCUAGAUUGUUCUCUGGACCUGAUAGGCUACCUCUAGUUAAAAGGUUCAAAGAUUACAUCCCAGCAAAAUAUCAUUCCUUGUAUGAGCAAUAUGUUGAAGAAAAAACAUUAAUCACGUGAAGAGUUCUUGAAGGUGCCCUUCUUGUGACUAUCGUGUGAUAAUUUGUCCAGUUAAAACUGGCUAUCUCUUAAGUCUUAACAUCUUUCUUGGAUUGUUAUUAAAGACUUGGAAAGGAAUGAGUAUUAGUACAUGGCAUAACAAGACUAGGAAUGAGGAGACACAUGAAGAACAAGAUUAGGAAUGAGGAUAUACAUGAAAAAUAUAUUAAUUAGAUUGGUAUUUCUUCGCUCAUUGUUUAAUAGAGAAGAUACUUUCAGAAGUGUUUGCUUCAGGAGUAUUAACUUCGAACAGAUUAUUCAUUGGAUGCAUGUAUACUUCAUAGCAUUUAAUGUGACAAACAUGUUGAAAUGAGGCUUGAGAUUUGAUGAUGGCCUAGGUGGAUCAACAGCAAAUGAUAUAUUUAGGAAUCAAUUCAUCAAAAGAAUGGUCAGUGAAUUUUUUUUAGGGCCAUAAAAUUCAAGUCCCUUGGAAUGGAUCCCCAUAUCUCU